UAAUUCAUCAAAAAAAUAAUUAUAUUAUAAAAUAAUUAAUAUGUUUAAGAUAUUUUAGUGAUUUUAAAUUUUUUGCAAAAGUAUUUGUUUGAAAAAAAUACAGAUUAGUUUUAAAAGAUGUUAACAAAAAAAAAUUUAAAGAUUGUAUUAUUAAAUCAAAUUUCCUAUCUGCUUUACCAUUUCUUAAUUCUGUUCUCGAGUUUGUAUAGUACGUAGUAACUUUUUUUUCAAAAUUAAGAAUUCGUCCUUCCCAAGUGAGAAAUAUGAAGCUUUAUAAAAGCAUGCCACCUUCUUCAUCCUCCUUUCUUGAUAGUUUCUUUCUUCUGUGUUGAAUCCAAAGAGCUCUCAAGACUCGAUCAAAUCGUCAAAACACAGUAAAACCCAUCUCUUUCUUCAAUCUCCAUUCCUUCUCGAUCUCUGAAACUCCCCAUAUCCGCCAUGGAUCUUGCCCCUGAAGAGCUUCAACACCUCAGCAUCAAAGGUAUCCUACGUGAAUCAACGUCAAUCCCCAAAUACUCCCCCAAAACCUUCGGCCUCGUAACCCUAACCCUAAUAUUCCCUCUCUCCUUCGCCAUCCUCGCACAUUCCCUCUUCACACAACCCAUCGUAGCUCAGCUCAACCAAUGGACUUUCUUCGUCGUCGUCUUCAACUUCUGCUACCUCGCCUUCCUCUUCGCCUUCUCUCUCCUCUCCACCGCCGCCGUCGUCUUCACCGUCGCCUCUCUCUACACUUCGAAGCCCGUUUCUUUCACCUCAACGAUCUCAGCUAUCCCCCUCGUCCUGAAUCCACUCUUCGUCACUUUCAUCUGGGUUUGUCUCUUGAUGCUCACUUACUACACCGUGUUCUUGAUCUUCUUGGGCUUAGCUUUCUUCUCGUCGCUAGUAAUCUCCGUUCUCUUCUUGGGAGUUCACGUUUACAUGACGGCUCUGUGGCAUUUAGCCAGCGUGGUCUCUGUUCUUGAGCCGGUUUACGGUUUCGCCGCCAUGAAGAAGAGCUACGACUUGCUAAAAGGGAAGACCUUUAUGGCUUGUGCGGUGGUUUUCAUCUAUCUCGCUCUCUGUGGAUUCGUUUCUGAAGUUUUCGGUAAGGUGGUGGUUCGUGGCGGAGAGGAUCACGGAGUCUUCGCUAGGAUAGUCGCUGGUGGGUUCUUGGUUGGUGUUCUUGUGGUAGUGAAUCUUGUUGGGCUGCUUGUGCAGAGUGUGUUUUACUAUGUUUGCAAGAGCUUUCAUCAUCAGGAGAUUGAUAAGUCUGCGUUGCAUGAUCAUCUUGGUGGGUAUCUUGGUGAAUACGUGCCUCUUAAGAGCAGCAUUCAAAUGGAGCACUUUGAUAUUUGACACAACUGCUAAAUAAAGUUUCAUUUUUUUGCAGUUUAUAAUAAAUGUCUUGUAUGUUUGUAGUUUUGUCCACAGAGUGUGCUUCCUUGUUUUUUACAGAGUUUAUGUUACUUGUAUAUAAGAUUAUUUUUGAUGCAUAA